AUGCCAUCCUAUUUGAAAAAUGAUGAUGCCAAGAACGGUGUCAAAAUAGGCUCAACAAAUGAAGGAUUUGCUGGUAACCCUGAAACAUCCUUAGUUUCAGCUCAUACUGCUACUCCGGAGGACAUAUUUGCAUCAUGCUGGACAUAUUUACUUUACGAAAUUGUACACUCCUUCCAAUUAACGUUCCAACUCUUGGCGUUUCUAGUAACAGCUUUACCGGCUAUAGUGGUUCUCACACCUGCCAUGGUGGUCGCAAUAUGCUUCAACGGCUCUCUGGUAGUGCUUCAAGUGUACUUAUUUCUUAGACCAAUAAGAUGUAAGGCUUUCCGUACAAGACUUCUACUUGAGGUAAUAACUCGUAGACCAUCGAUGACUAAUGGAGGAUGGAAAACUAUAACAUAUAACAUGAAUGAGUAUUUGUUCAAUAAAGAUUUAUGGAAAACCCCAUACUACUUUUUCGAUGAACAUGAAUGCUAUGAGUUUUUCAAAACUCUCAUAAAAGGAAAGUAUCCUGACGUACAAUGGGAUACUGCAAAUACACAACCAUUCAGGAGCAUUCCAGAAAAUGUGGGCACGCCCCACAAUUCUGAUGUUGAUCCAACCAUGAAAUGGUGCUUCUUCAAAGCAGCAGAAGUUCAAGCGCAUACUGUGCAGGAAUAUUGGAGAAGCCAAUAUCCCGAUGCUAAUAUACCUUCAUUAUGA